AUGAAUGAUCUGUCUAAUUCAAAGCAUUCAAAUAUAAGCAUCGACUAUCUGCAAUAUGGUCUAACAACUAUGCAUGCCUGGAUAAAGUUUUUAGAAUGUGUGCUGAAUAUAUCAUACAAAGUAGAUAAAGUGGUUCAAGGGAAAGGUACCUCAAAUACAGGAAAUGUCGGUCGUAUUUUUCUUACAAAUUACCACGAAUCAUCCAAAAUUACUGGUAUAGAUGAGGACCUCAUACGGAGGUUUGGUGUAAUAAUGAUAGUAUUAUCGAGUGGUUAUCAAAUACAUAUUAAAAAUUUUGAUUCGUUUGCACGUGAAACGGCUGAACUAUAUGUAAAAAAAUAUUCUUGGUAUAGAAUGCCUGUAAGCGUGCAUAAAAUUUUAAUUCACGGAGCUGCAGUUGCCAAAUCUAUAUUAUUACCUAUUGGUAUGAUGUCAGAAGAGGCACAAGAAGCCAGUAAUAAAAUAUAUAGACGAGUUCGCGAAAGACAUACCCGAAAAAGCAGCAGAUUGAACACUACUGAGGACCUCAUUCAUAUGAUGCUACAGCAAUCAGACCCAGUAAUAUCAAGGGCAAGAGGACUGCCAAAAUCAAAAAUGCAUGAGCUUCCCGAAGAAGUUUUACCUUUGUUAAUACUAGACUCGAUGAUUGACGAUGACCAAUAA